GAUGCGGUGAUCGAGAGGAGCAGGACACAGGCGCACACGAGGAAGCAUCGCCAGUUAUUUCUCCUCCUUUUUGGGGAGGGGGUGCGCAUGCAUAACAACAGAUGUUUUUUUUCCUUCUUUCUGCCAGCAUCACCCGGCAGCGCUUUCUUAUGCAUGACAUUGUCAAAUGGAGGCUCCAGCUGCAAGACGCAUCGUGACAAGUGAAUGACUUCCAUUUUUUUCUCCCUCCUGGCUGGCUCCAUAUUCCUUUUUUUUUUUUUUUACAUGAUUGGAUCGAUCGUCCCUUGAUUGUCAGCCGAAUCUUUCAUUUGUGCACCGGUCGACAAAUAUGACGCCAUGACUGAGGUUCUCCUGGUCAGAGAGCAGGUGCUGCUGUGCUGAGCUCUGCUGUCUCGAUGAGCAACGCCGACAACCCACAGAAACGCACCACCUACCUCAUCUCCCUCACUCUGGUGAAGGUUGAGGCUCUGCCGGAGCAGGAGGAUGCAGAGGUGAAGGAGCCCCGUCCAGAGGGGGAAGGGAAGAAGGAGGAGGAGGAGGUGAGAAGAGGCCCCAAAGAGGAGGAUGGAUGUGUUGGUCCACAAGUUGUGGAUAAAGAGAGCGCACAAGUGGAAGAAGAAGUGGAGCAGGUGCAGGUCAAGUAUGGCAGCCCUAAUGAGAAUUGGGGGAAAGCCGAGCGCAGAGACUUAAAAGACGUUGUUCUGCCUGUUAAAAGCAAGGACCCUUCCGUGGUCCACCCAGCGGCGAGGCAAAUGGUGAAGGUGUACAGCGGGAGCAGCUUCGAGGCUACCGUCCGCAGAGAGGGCCUUCGCUCCGACGCCUCGCGCCCCAAGACGGAGCUCUACCGCGAGCCUCCCAGGCUCUACCUCAAAGGUGAGAACGGAGCGGAGCUGAGCAACCGCUCGCGCUGCAGCCUCCCGUUUUCCAUCCCGCCUCAGGUGAGCCAGCGCCCCGAAGUGCUGAUGAGGUCGCACGUGGGGGCCAACUCUGCAUGCUGGAGGGACGCCAGAGACGCCAACAGCAGUUUGUAUCACUCUGCCAAGACUCUAGAGCGCAGGGAGCAGCCCCCCUUGGUGGCGGCAACGACUCUGGGGCCUUACAGGGCGUCCUGGGCCGACAGCGACGGGAGGGGAACGCUCAUUCGUCCUGCGGCUCCCCUCAGUGGAGGCUAUUCCGGGAUAAUGAACAGGGAUAACUCUCACGAAGAAAGGUUUAAGGUUUCCCUGGCUGCACCUGCCACCUCCGAUGGGAACCGACCUCAGCGGAAAGGAACAAGUCGAACCCUGGACAACAGCGACUUGCACUGCCUCUCUGAGGACGCCAGGAGGGGGAAGGAGGGCCAAGGAGGAACGAUCCAGAGAGCUCCUCCACGUGACCGCAAGAUGCUCAAGUUCAUUAGUGGGAUUUUCACCAAAAGUGCAGCUGGGCCACCGAAUGUCAGCACUGCAUCUGCCCUCUAUCCAGCUGUGGAGAGGGGCUCCAGCGAGGAGGAGGCUGCAUGCACCAGCAGCCAGGAAUGGACCAUCACUCAAACUGUACAAGAACUUCACCUGGCUGUGUUGGGAGGUCUAUGCAGUGGGAAGUCGGCUCUGGUCCACAGACACUUGACAGGAAGUUAUCUGGCACUGGAGAAUGCUGAGGGGCACCAGUACAUUAAAGAUGUCCUUGUUGACGGACAGAGCCACCUGUUGAUCAUCAGAGAAGAGACAGAACUCCCAGGAGCCCAGUUUGCCAGUUGGCUCGACGCUGUCAUCCUGGUCUUCAGUUUGGAAAACGAGGCCAGCUUCCAGGAAGUGUACAAGAUCUACCACCAGCUCGCUCUCCACCGGCCAGUCGCUGAGAUACCUUUCGUAGUGGUCGGCACGCAGGACAAGAUCAGCAGCAGCAACCCUAGAGUUAUAGACGACGCCAGGGCCAGACAGCUGUGCUCGGACGUGCGGCGAUGCACCUAUUAUGAAACCUGCGCCACGUAUGGCCUCAACGUCAACAGAGUCUUCAAUGAUGCUGCUCAGAAGAUCAUGGCUGCCAAGAAGCAAGCUGCCUUACUGGCUUCCUGCAAAUCCCUUCCCAACUCUCCGAGUCACUCUGGAGGCUCCACUCCAGUGUCGGGUGUCUUUCCAGGACAGGCCAGCAAUGGGGGUCAGAGUAGCGAUUACUCCUCAUCACUUCCUUCCACCCCCGUGAUUAGCCAUAAAGAGAUUGGCCGGUCUGCACGAGGGGAGAAACAGGACAGUGGCACUCCCGGUUCGAUCCGCAGCGCCACCCGGCGACGCACGGCACGUUUUGCGGGUCGCAGAGGCAGUGACUCAGCCAGGCGAAGUGCAGACUGCAAAGAUGUGGGCAGCGGACGCUUUAUUCCUAUCAAGCAGGGCUUUUUGCUCAAGCGCAGCGGAAACUCGCUCAACAAAGAGUGGAAAAAGAAAUACGUGACCCUCUCCAGCGACGGCAUACUGUCGUACCACUCCAGCGUCAAUGACUACAUGCUGAAUACCCCCGGGAAAGAAAUGGACCUGUUGCGAGUGACUGUGAAGGUGCCGGGCAAGCGCCCCCCUCGCGCCACACCCUCUGGCGGGCCUCCAGUCGGGCUCAAUGGGAGGGUGAAAGAUGGCCCUGAAGGUGUCAGCCUGGUUCCUGUCAGCGCCAGCAGCUUCCUGCAAGUGGAUGACAUGGACGGGCUGGGAAGCGCACUCUUCCUGAGGAGUAACAGAGGAGUGCAACGUUGCGCCUCGAGUGUCUCCAACCAUGCUCAAAGUGUCGACUCUGCAUUUGAGGGCGUAUCCAGCUCUUCAUCCACCAAAGACGUGGGCUCCACGUCCCCAGUGGAGGACAGAAAAAAGCAUCGCAGGAAGAAGAGCACGAACCAGAAAGGGGACGCCACCAUUGGCCAAGCAGAUGCCAAGCGCAAAAUGUGGAAGCUGAAAAGCUUUGGUAGCUUAAGAAACGUGAGCAAAACAGAGGAAGAGAACAAUGACUUCCUCGUUGUGUCGAGUUCGGGCCAGACGUGGCACUUUGAAGCCCAGAGUGUGGAGGUGAGGGACUCCUGGGUCCAGGCCAUCGAGAGCCAGAUCCUGGCCAGCCUGCAGCUGUGCGAGAGCAGCAAAAACAAGGUUCGCAAAAACAGUCAGAGUGAGGCAGUGGCUCUGCAGGCUAUUCGCAACGCCAAGGGCAACAAUUUUUGUGUCGACUGCGACGCUCCAAAUCCGACGUGGGCCAGUUUGAACCUCGGCGCCCUGAUUUGCAUCGAGUGCUCGGGCAUCCACAGAAACUUGGGAACUCACGUGUCCCGCGUUCGCUCUCUGGAUCUCGACGAUCUGCCCCAAGAGCUCACGCUGGUCCUCAGCGCCAUUGGCAACCACAUGGUUAACUGCAUAUGGGAGGCGCGCACAAUGGGCCACCGUAAACCCACGCCUGAUGCCACCCGGGAAGAACGUGAGUCAUGGAUUCGAGCCAAAUAUGAGCAGAAACUAUUUGUGGCGCCCUUGCCUCCUCCGUCUCCUAACGAGGGUCCAGACAUCACGCUGUCGGGUCGUCUCCUGUUGGCUGUGAUGGAGCACAACCUCCCCAAAUUGCUGCUGCUUUUGGCCCACUGCACCAAGGAAGACGUCAAUGGCGCCCCCAGCAUGACGCUCUCCUCCAGGUCGCUCCCGGCAUUGCGGCUGCCCGGCUCAGCUCUUCACGCCGCCUGUCAGCAGGCCAAUGUGGUGAUGACACAGCUUCUUGUGUGGUAUGGCUGUGAUGUUCGUUGUCGGGACAUUCAGGGUCAAACGGCGCUGACCCUGGCUCGCAUGGCGGCCAGCCAAGAGUGCGCCGACAUCCUGCUGCAGUACGGCUGUCCCAACGAACCCGCCCCUUCCGUCGCCACGACCGGCGGAUUUGUAUCAGCCGCCGCCCCCGGCUUUCCCGUCGCCAUGACGCAGAGCCUGACGGUGGCCACCACUCUAAAGAUCUCGCACAAGAGCGGCGGCACCAGCUUCAACUACAGCACUUCGAGAAGAACCGUGUCAUAAUGGAGAGAUGGGAUCAAGGACGGAAUAAGGGUGUCGCCAGACGUGGGAGAACUGCUGUGAGGAAGCAACACACACGCUGGCUAAUGCCACAAACAUUUUAUUGACUGCUCUUUCUUUGCAGCUCAUUUAAAGUACAACACCAAUUUAUUCUUCAAUCAAGUAUGGCGAUCCACCUAAACAUAUAAAUGUAAACAACUGCAAUAAGAUGGUAUUAACUGCUAUGUACAGGGUGUACAGUGGGAAAAUAAGUAUUUGAUCCCAUGCUGAUUUAAUAAGAUACCCUCUUACAAAUAUAUGAACUGUCCAGAAUUAUUAUGGUAGGUUUAUUCAGACCAAACAUGUCGAGGUGAUGCCAAAAAGGUCAAGUUUGGUCUCAUGUGACCACAUCACUCUCUACCAAGCCUACUAGAUUUUACAGAGCGAUUUCAAGACCUCUAAAUCUGGUAGUGAAAACUACAACUAGGAUGCUUGUUACACGCAAACAGCUGGUGUGUGAUAAGUACAAUACUUACAGUUUAAACAUUUUGUAGGGCUCAACAAAAGACAAAUCUGGCACAUUCAACUUAAUGGCAAAGACUACUUUCUGACUACGGCAACACACUAGUACAAACUUAAAUUAAUGCAUACCGUACUUGCAAAUGAGACGUAAGAAGUAUAAUAAAACAAGAUAUACUAUUAUAUUAUAAGAAGGUCUAGGUCAUUGGUGUCAAAGUCAAGGCCCACGGGCCAGAUCCGGCCCGCAAAUAAAUUAUCGAAGGCCCCUGGGAUGAUAUUUGAUUAGUAUUAGAACCGGCCCGCAGGCCACAGCCACCUGCUACUGUUUUGCACGCAAAAAUACUCCAUCAGUGUUGGCGCUAGAUAUUUUCAAAAUGGGAUCCCAGGGACCCCAUCAAGUCAUAAAAAUGGGGUCCCAGAAUACAUUUUUGGGGUCCCACUUUUUUGUAACCGUUUUGAAAACAAAUGGUAAAUGUAUGCAUUAUCCUGUUAUAUCUCACAUUCUAUAUUGUGUUUUGGAAAAAGGUUGUUAUAAAUGUUACUUAAUUCAUUAAACAAAAUAAUACAAAAAAAAAAAAAAAUGUAUGCAUAUGUAAAUUUAUUCAGUUAUAAACCUUGAUUCACUUUUUUCUUUCCUUCAUGGAUCUAAACUUUACAGCUGCCGGUAUUUUUUUCUAUAUUUUUACUGUAAUAUUUUCGGAAUGUGUUUGUUCUAUUUUUAGCCAAAGUAAGACAAAGAAAACAAUCUGAAGUUGUCUUUAUUUUAACAUUUUAAUGCCAUGAAUUUAAUAGCCCGGCCCGCGUGUGCACAGAUUUUCCUCCAUGCGGCCCCUGAGCUCAAAUGAGUUUGACACCCCUGGCUAGGUCAAUAAAUCAAUUAAUAAAACGAUGAAUGAAAAUUAAUUCGAUAAGUUUGCCUUCAUCCAUAGAUUGCAAUGUUUGACUGGUAUUUUGUUUGGUGUUAUUCCAAUUGUGGUUUCUUUCUCACCAAGCUUUUUGUUGAUGGUCUUGUAAUUCAUUACAGUCCCGCGCAGGUUUAUUAGUGAAAUCAUGACCGGUUUUUAGUAUUUUCUUCCCUUUCCGAUUUUUUCCGCUCCAAUUGUUCAGUUCAGUUCAGUUGAUUUUGAUCAUGCAUACAAUACAAUUACAAUUACAGUAUGUCCGAAAAGGAGUAGGAAGAAGCAGAGCUUAUUUAAUAUUUAAUAAUUGUGGUUUCUUUCUCACACAAGCUUCUUGGUAAUGGUCUUGACAACUUGCCCAUGGUCUUGGAGGGGUUUGAAUGGAAGAGACCUUGUCUUCUAUCCAAAUAACUAGUUAAAAUUAGGAUUAAUUUCUUAAAUGAAUUGCUUUGCUUCAUUGGUUAAAUCACCAAAAUGAUUCCCGAGCGCGGCCACCGCUGCUGCUCACUGCUCCCCUCACCUCCCAGGGGGUGGAACAAGGGGAUGGGUCAAAUGCAGAGGGUAAUUUCACCACACCUAGUGUGUGUGUGUGUGUGUGUGACUAUCCGUGGUACUUUAACUUUAACCAAUAUUUUCUAAAUCAAAAACAAACCAUUUUUAUAACUUUUCAUUCAUUUUUUUAUUCUCUUUGUUAAAAACUCCACCAUAAAAGUUCUGUACUUUUCAUAUGGUUCAAUAAAACUGGGUCAACUUGCAAAAUCAGCAGGGGAUCAAUUCCUUCCAUUUUGACUGUAUCUGCCACUUCAGAGGUGUGUCACACUCAAAGAGAGUGUAAAUAUUGUCUGUUCUUCUCAAAGUUGCCCCAAUUGUUUUAAAAGAAAAUCUAGAAAUACGAUGACGAAAUUCUAUGAAUCUAAUAAAAACAACAAGAUUGUUAUGGUACAUUUUGUACAGUAGCUGGUUCUGUGUACAAAAGUGGCUCACAAAGAGAUUAUUGCUUUGGUGUUCCUUUGAUAAUGAACUCUUGAAAAGCUCAAGACUUCAGAUUUCUAUUGAAUGUUUGUAUCACUGUGCGCGGCAUAAACCACUGUACAGCAGGGCCGUCCAAACUUUGAAGGAUGCGGGGGGCCACUUUGAUACGUUUUGUACAUGAUAGAUGCUAAAAGCAACAACUAAACAUCCACACCUUAGCUUUGUGGAACACAAAGCCAAUUAGUGCAAUAUCUAAUAACAAAUUCCUUUUAUUUUUACAAUAUCCCAAUUUACAAAAACGAGCUGCGAGCCCCGGCCCACCCUUUGGAGACCCCUGCUGUACAAGAUUUGUGCGUAAAAUACCUUGAAAGCAAAGGAAAAUGCCUUCGUCUCAACUGAAUGUACUGACAAAUAUAUGGCGACGAGGUGCAGCUUUAAUGGACGUCUAAACUGCUGUGACUCCUAGAGAUUAAAGGUAUUGUUUAUGAUUCAAUAAUAGUUUGUUUUCAAAUGUACUUAACCAUCAGAGUGAGCACUGCAAUGAAUGUUUUCCAAUUAGGAAAAGAGGAACGUCGCCCGUGUGGCGAUUUAAAGAGUAGCAUAAAAGGCGGUCAUCCAUCUGUGUGUGGUGUAAUUUUGUGUUCAUCUAUAAUGACCGGUGAUGAAGUGUAACAUGUCCGUGCUGUAAAAGUUGAUUCAUUUGUAUUUUUUUACCCAUGCAAUGAUUCAUAAAACAGUCAUUAUUGAUACA